AUGGAGUCAGGGGGUUUGCUCCGCCAUGGCCGACUUGGCCCGCAGAGGACCCCGGAACCGUUCACAGAGGUCGAAAGCCAGGCACCUUCCACACCAAGGCCGCGCCUCAGGUUAAAGCGGCGCCAUGAUCCCCAACACCUUGCCGCGCCAACACAACAAUUCCUCGCCUCAGUUGCUGCCGCCGACGUCCCAAUACCAAGCGUCGAGGAACCUGCAAUAGCCACCUACGGCUCCGACGUCAUGCCUUCCUGGAGUGACCUCCAUCAUCCCGAGGAGGGUCAAGACAUCGAGGACGGUCUUCAUAUCCAAUAUGGCCACAGCCAAUCAUUCACCUCCCCAAAGACUCCUGCGCCCGGAGCACCUCCGUCCCUAACCCCUUCAAGAUACCCGAACUGGGCGAUCGACUGGAUGAGCAGUUCUGAGUCGAGUCCAGAACCCGAGUCUCGACCGUCAACGGCGCGGUCACGUACGAGCACGUCUUCUUUCAGUCAGCUGUCCUCCUACUUCUCAGAUGACGACAUACAGUUCAGCCCUGAGCUUGGAGACUCAGAGAGGUUUAUGUGUGUCGACACAGAGGCUGUACACGCAGAUAGUCUUCAGCCUCCAAGCGGUACGAGGAUAGCACGCAAGGCCCCAUGGACUCCAGCGAUGAGCCAACACCUCUGGGCGACGUACAACCUCUACCUUUCGGAUCCACGCGUGACACCUUUUCAGAUUGGCAAGAGCGGGAUCCCACCAGAAGGGGUGUCCAAGAGGGUCGCUCGCCAAGCCAUCCGGAGUUGGAAGGGCUCGAAGACGGUGGCCAAGGCGGCGGGCGCCUCCGAAUCAAGGAGCGGUAGCUCGACCCCAACGGCGGCGGAGUCGUCGGGCGUGUUCAUGCAGUGGCCACACACAGCUGCGGCCACCCGAGCACACCUGAGGGCUCUCUGCAAGCAGAAGGCCCGUGGGCCUGACGGCGGCAAGAUGCGGUUCUCUUACUUCUCGAGGAGUCCGACACCCUUGACCAGCGCCACAGUCCGCUGGGCCCGACGAUCAACACCCAAUUCCGCAACAUCUCCAUUUGAGACGCAGGAGAUGGUCAAGUCUCUGGCAAUGAGCACUUGCGAGACCAUGACACCCCAGGGGUCGCUUGCACAGUUGACCACUGCGCCGGACUCACCGGCUCAAACGCUCCCACCCAAUUUGGACCACGUGCCGCAGCCGGAUGUCGAUUUGGAGCCAUCUGUGGUUGAGCGUCGGCGUCUGGGCUCACCGGUGAAUGCGAAGAGCUACGGGCCAAGUUCCUCGACCUCGUUGUUGGACGUGUUUGGGCUUCCUGCCGACGUUGGCCAACGACAGACCCAUACGGUCGGACCACGCCGCAGGCUCCAGUCACCAGUCAGACUCAGUCGAUCUUCAACGCAAAAGAGGAAGACGCGGCAGGCGCACGAGUCUCGCAAGCGGCCCAGCCUCUCACUCGAUACCUGGCUCGACCCUCGGAUCCUUGCUGGCGACUCGAGCAAGGCCGAGGACGCAUUCUUCGCCUCUCGGCCACGGGCUCCCCUGUCCUUUGACUCAGCACAGCCAACAGCCCGACCGACUGCGGUUCCUAUCGCUACUCCACCACGACUGGGUUCCCCCUUCUCGGCCUCUAGCUCGAUGAGCUUCAGUGUCCCCAACAGGUUCAGCCAGCCCACGGACCUCGAUCCCGCCAUGUUCGCACGGCGCUUCUCGACCGUCCAUCAGCCUCGCGGGACGCAUCCUAGCGAGCCAGCGAGCAUCAACCUGGCUUCGCGGCUUGCAUACCUCGACCAGCGCCUCAAGGACUUCAAUGGUCCCCGGCAGUCUGAGUCACCUUUUUGA